ACCAUAGUUGACAGGGUCCUAAACAGAUUUGGUAGUCCUUAGAGAGUCAGUCAGUCAAUCAGUGGGUAGGUCUAAGUGGUGAGGAGUGGGACAGUCUCUUGUCGUGCACCUAUCACCAUGGACGACUACCCUAUGUACAGCUUGCUCGUGGGGUUCUCCCUCUGGGGAACCCUCUGGCGUCUCCUGUUUCCAUUAGGCUUAUGGAACACGUUCACGUGUAGAGUGGAGACGAGGGGUGGUACUGGGACCACUCUUUACGCAAAGGAGAAGGAGGAGGAGGCUGCCAAGAUUCUGGCCGAGCAGAAGGCCAAAAAGGAGAAGAGAAAGGUAGUGAAGCAGGCCAAGAAGUUGGCCUUACAGGCGGAGCGGGCCACGAUGAAGAAACAGUUGGAGGAGGAACAAGAGAAGUUGAAGAGGGAGACAAAAGAAAGGUUAAAGGUUGUGGAAGAAGAAGAAGAAGAAAAAGAAAAAGAGGUAGAAGAAGUUCCCUUGAUAAGAAGGGUCACAAGAGAGAGACGGGAGUCCAGUGGCAUGAAGGAGGACCCAUGGUUGGAAAAGGUCUCAGAGUGGGUCGGUAAUCUAUCCCUAGGCGAAGAAGAGGAGGCGAUUUUAUAUAUGUCGAGGGCAAAACAAGAGGCGGUAAUAAGAGAACUGCAGGCAGAAGAGGACCCUCUACGUCGCCAGAUGAUUGAAGAAGAAAAGAAGUUGGAAUGAAAAUUGCGCUUGACCAGGGAAAAAUUAUGGCUAGAAAUAUGGAACUCUUGGCGAAGGCUCAAGAAGAACAGUCUCAGUUUGUAAGCGGCCAAGAUGUAGCAUUGCGCUCUAUACGAUUGGGCUUCAGAGAGUUCGCACGUGAGAUGAUGAUGCACGUAGGCACAAAGGUGAAAGUGAGGAUGGAAAGUACAGAGCGAUUGUGUACAGGCGCCAUAGAGGGCGCCAAGUUGGCAACUCCAAAAGGAGGAAGAAGCGCGUCCACGUAGAGACCCAGUCAAAGUUAAGUUCCCUGACUCCUACAGUGGGAAAGAGGAAAACUUUGACAACUGGGAGGCGAACAUUAACUCUUAUGUUCACCUCCAGAAGAUCUUGCUUGACGAGCAAGUUCUUAUUGCUUUUCAUGCCCUCAAGGAUGACGCAGCGAGCUUCGCCCGAUCACUUGCCCAUGCAACUAAGUGUGAAAACGACAUGGUAGUUUACUCCAUGAUCACCCCCCUGAACGAAUUCUUCAAGUUACCGCGUCGAUGCCACUAGAGGGAUUAGAGUCUCUGAUAAAUUGCAGACCGUCCA